AUGUGGGUUUGUUGGCUAGUAUCCGCGUUGGUAAUACUGGGUUUUGACCUAGCUAGGUGCGAAAGCUCAUCGCAAAUCCCGCUAAGUACAACUGUUUCACCUCUUGAGGCGUCCCCGUGGCGGCUCAACUUCUCUUCAACGGCACCCUACCUCUUCUCGUCCGUGUCAUCGUUACUUCAGCAAUGGGGCAACACGUUUUUCCCCAACGGCCACGCUGUGGUACCAUGCGAGAUUCCGGCUUACACUUUGUUCUUUCACGGUCGUCUCGAUGGGGAACUGCCCCCUAGCCCAGAAUGGCUAGCUUUCGACAUUGAAAUGUCGUAUGGCAUCAUGGGGAGCACUCGGAAUUCUCAUAUGCUUACGUAUCAAACGACAAGACCGGUCAGAGCCCUGUACUUCGAUGGCGAGUCGGCAGCUUUGAUGGGAUUGGGACAGCUUGAUACUCAGAUGCUGCACGUCUUCUCUAACCUCAGUGGACCCCCACAUAAUAACUUUCGGGGUCUCUUUGACGAGUAUGCUCGAGCGACUGGACUAUGUGACUGGCUCUUGGGCGCUGGACUGCGAGGUGAUGGCUGGGGCUACGAGGGCAUUGUUCGAAUGAACGCCGGCUUCGAAAUGAUCUGGUGCAACUUCACCAGUCCAAGCUUGAGAUUGUUGACUCGACUCAACGUGACAGCGCCGCAGCUACCCAAGAAGGAAAGCAGCAAUGGGGACGACCAGGGUCUGGGUCUUCACCUACAACAAAGACAGGAGACCUCAUACUACUCUCUGCCCUCUGCACCGACCAAAACAGAGCGCGCAACGGAUCCAUCCAACCCACCAAUGCCGCCCAAUUGGCGAUGGGACUUCGAUCGGGAACCAUUUCUGCGUUCUCAAGGCUGGGGUUGGUUCUCCUCGGCCACCUACCACUACGGAGCAUCGAGAAACGGCCCUGGUCUUGGAGAGGUUCGAGCCAAGACAAUCGACUGUGGCAUCAUGAGCUACUACUCGCCCUCGUUUUCCAAUUUGACCCUGACAAGGUCUGCGGCCGAACGGGAGUUGUACAACUUGACGGAACAGGGGUAUUGGCAAGGCGAGAGCUCUUCUGGCAAUCGAACGCUGGGUCUGACCCAGAUCAGACGACGCAGACGCUAUCAUCAUCUCGGCCAUGCAACUUCUCAAGAUGCUAUGCUGAUGCGGAACACUUCUGAGCGAGUAUUGCGAGAUUUGUUAGCAGGGAACCAUAGCUGCUCAGGAGCAGAUUGGACUUACAUUACCAACGAAAUUUCACAGAGUGUCGGGAUUCACCUGAAGGAGCUUUCGAAGGUGCUGGACUCCUUCCAUGCACACUCGCAGAACUACACAACCGUCAUGAACUGGAUGUCCAUCCUGAGAUCGCAGAGCCACACGUUCUAUGUCGGAUUUCUCGAGUAUCCGGAGCAAUACACACCAUCGGUCUGGGGCCCCGAGUCGAAGCUAUUCACGGACACGUAUUCACGCUGUCGAUAUCGCUAUAGUCGACUCAUGGUGCCCUCGGAAGGGAUCGAACUUUCCCCCGAGGAGGGCGAUAUUAAGUGGGCCGUCGAGGAGACAUACGGCGCCGUCUGCUUCGUUCUCCUGACCAUCGGAUUCCAGAUCGAGGAGGGGUGGGCAAGCUACUUCAACCAACUGAAGCCCGACCCAGACUCGACGGCAGAACCAAUCCAAAAGCACUACGGAAGCCUGGCUGCGACGUGGAGCGACGGAGUCCAACAACUGAUGGCCUGGCUCGGCUGGGAAGACGAGUUUACGGGCUGCGCCGAGGUCUGCGCCUGGGAUGAACGGUGCUACAUCCCCAUGUGGCCUUUGAUGCGCUGGACAGGGGGAGACGGUCCUCCACGGCGUCCGUCGGACGGCAACGGAACUUACCCCGGAUUCCCGCCGUAUGGAGGACAUGGCUAUGGUGGGCCGAAUCGGGGUGGGCCGAAUCGGGGUCGACCAGGAGGGAGACGUUGGGGGUUCAUGGGAGAUGAGACGGAGUUAUGGGAGCCGACUUGUGCUAAAGUUUCGCAUUUCAUGAGAUAG